UAGGGAGUUCUGGCAACCUGGCGCACGGUUUCAGCUUCAUCACGCAGGUCUGGUCAUACAUACUCCGGCGUGUUGUGUCUACGCUUGAAUCAGGGAUUGUGACCAGUCAUGGCCGAUGAGGGAUAUGUAGUACGCAUCAGGGGUCUCCCUUGGUCCUGCUCAGUGGAUGAAGUACAGAGGUUUUUCUCAGAUUGCAAAAUCAUCAACAAUGGAGGCGGCAUCCACUUCACAUACACAAGAGAGGGACGUCCCAGCGGAGAGGCAUUUGUCGAGUUGGAGACAGAGGAGGACCUGAAGAUUGCAGUGAAGAAAGACAGAGAAACUAUGGGUCACAGAUACGUGGAGGUUUUUAAAUCCAACAACGUUGAGAUGGACUGGGUCAUGAAGCACACUGGUCCAAACUGUCCAGAAACAGCAGGAGAUGGGCUCGUCCGGCUCCGAGGCCUACCCUUUGGCUGCAGCAAAGAGGAGAUUGUACAGUUCUUCUCAGGGUUGGAAAUCGUGCCAAAUGGGAUAACAUUGCCGGUGGACAUCCAGGGGAGGAGUACGGGGGAGGCCUUCGUGCAGUUUGCUUCACAGGAUAUAGCUGAAAAGGCUCUAAAGAAACACAAGGAAAGAAUAGGGCACAGGUACAUUGAGAUCUUCAAGAGUAGCCGCGCUGAGGUGCGGACCCAUUAUGAACCCCAGCGGAAGCCCAUGGGCAUGCAGAGACCUGGCCCCUACGACCGGCCCUCUGGUGGUCGUGGCUACAACAUGAUGGGCCGAGGGGGAUCUUAUGACAGAAUGCGCCGCGGAGGCUACGGAGGAGGAGUAUCGGAUGGACGGUAUGGAGAUGGCGGAUCUUCCUUCCAGAGCACAACAGGCCACUGUGUCCACAUGAGGGGCCUGCCAUACAGAGCCACAGAGACAGACAUCUACAAUUUCUUCUCACCGCUGAAUCCAGUGCGGGUCCAUAUUGAGAUCGGCCCAGACGGCAGAGUAACGGGGGAGGCCGACGUAGAGUUUGCAACGCACGAGGAUGCCGUCGCAGCCAUGUCCAAAGACAAAGCAAAUAUGCAGCACCGCUACGUGGAGCUGUUUUUGAACUCAACAGCAGGUGGCAGUAAUGGAGCCUACGGCAGCCAGAUGAUGGGUGGCAUGGGGAACCAGUCGUCUUACAGCGGUGGCCAGCUGAGCUCAGGGUACUCUGGUGGAUACAGCAGCCAAGGAAACAUGGGCGGCUACAGUGACUAUAUUAGGUAACCAGGGCGGAAUGGGAAGCAGUUACUACGGCGGCGGCGGUGGAGGAGGAGGAAGCAGAGGCUCUAUGAACGGACUGGGAGGGGGAUGGGGAAUGUAAAAAAAAUAAUUUUCCCCCUUAAUUUGAUGUGUUUUUUUAAACUCAGCAUUUUGCUGGAUGGACUGGAAAUGCAAGUCUCACCUAUUAAACAUAGGGUAGGGUCAGGUGAGGUUGCGAGCGGUAGGGUUUGUAUAUUUUCUUUUUUUUUUUUUUUUUUUUAAGUGGAUGAUCUU